UAUAUGUAGCUUGGUUUUGUAAAUUUAGUCAAAAUGGUCAAUAUUUUGUAUAUUUUUUCGUUUUGUCAUUUAAUUUUAACGGUAUAUGGAGACCGCAAUAGUUCAUCUAUUGAAGAGAAUCAAAUCAAAAAUUUCACCAAAUUUCUGGAGAAAAGUCUAAAUAAAACAGUUUUGGAAUAUACGUUGAAAUCUUUAACAAAGCCUGGUGAUAAUUUUGGUGCUGUAUUACGAUCGGUUGUUGUAAAAGUAGCCGAUGAAGAAAAUGAUUCUGACGAAAACGACAUUUACAACGUUGUCAUCAAAACACCGGUGACCAAUCCCAUUUUGGCUAAAGUUUUCAAACCAGCAGUGACAUUUGUAAAAGAGGUCCGCUUUUAUACGGAUAUCAUUCCGGCUUUGGAACAGUUUGAAGAGAUUGCAAAUGUACCGCUGGAAGAGCGAUUGGACGCGUUCAUUCCAAGCCUUGGAUGGAGAUUUUCAUUAAACCCCAACGCAGAAUAUGCCGAUUCUGAUGCUAUUUUAUUGCUCGAAAACGUUAAACUUGACAAUUUUACUAACGUAGAUAAGCGCAUGGGUUUCAAUACAAAUGAAACAUUGGCGAUCCUCAAAGUUUUGGCAAAAUAUCAUGCAUUGGGCAUUGCAAUGAAACGGUGCCACCCAAAAUUGUACAAUACAAAAGUAAAUCCGUAUACAAAAUCACACAAUCUACGGAAAGAAAACGACAAUGCAAUAUACGAAUUAAUUUAUGGCGAGGUGAAACGUGUUCUUAAUAUCACUUCGGAAAUGAGUGAUGCAGUUGACAACAUGUAUGCAAUGCAUGAGAAAUAUAUGAAAGACUUGACCAUUGCCAUUGACACACCGUAUACGACAAUUGUUCAUGGCGAUUUAUGGAUCAACAAUAUAAUGAUCAGAAACCAACUCGACUCCAACUCGAUAAACGUGAAAAUUUAUGAUUUUCAAUCGUAUUUUUAUGAAUCAUUUGUGUUUGAUUUGGCAUUCUUCUUAUUCACAAGUGUUGGCAACAUUGAUUUGAAUGCGAAUUUCACGUUGUUCGUUGAUUAUUAUAUUUCGGAGUUUCAAAAAAUGAUGAACUUGCUAAAAAGUCCAAUGGACGAUUACACUCAUGAAAAGAUGUGGCAUGAAUUUCGAGAAAAAGCGAAAUUCUCGUCAUUUUAUAGCAUUCAGACUAUGAAAGUAUCAAAUGCUAAUUCAAUACCAUCACUUGACAAGUUGGAUAAUGAUUCGGACCCUUCAAGUAAACCAGCUUCCCAAGCUGCCAUUAAUCAAUGGAAAUUCGUCGUUGACAUGUUCACACAAAAUGGUCUUAUUUAAAUCAUUUUCAGAUUGUUUAAUUUUUAUUGCUCAUUGUUAUUAAGGUGUUCAAAUGCUUAUAUGAUAAACUAGAAUACACAUAGCCAAUCUAAUACAUCUCGUGUGUUGGCAUCCCGUUGAUUCGGUUCUUUAAUAUAUCUUUGAAUUUAUAGAAGGAAUUUCAUGUUUUUUUCCAAAUUCUUCCUUAAAUGUAUUCAACUUGGCAACCAAAACGGAUUUUGCUCUUUUCCCUUCCUCUAAAAAAUCAAAUUGAACGAUUUCUAUUAAAAAUACAAAUUUUUCAAUUAAAAAUGAGAAUAGCUAUGAGAAUAUAUAACAAAAUAUAUCUACGUUAGACAGUUCCAUGAUAUUUUUAACGUUGUACAAUUUCCUGAAUAAAAUGCAUAAUGGAGUGGA